CUGCUGCUUAUGCCAGCGCUGUCUGACACAUGGGGGGACUCCGUUUCCCAGAGUUCCGUAGGGCGCAGGCGCAGAUCGCGUUGCCUAAGAGUGGUAAACAGACGUCAGAAGGGAGUCUUCGCCUCGAGUCAAAACAAAACAAAGCAAAAUAAGUCAAAAAGAGAGCGAAGAAGCGGAUAUUUGGAUCGCUACGACGACAGAAAGUUUCUCAAAACUCGCCUAGGACCUGAAACGGCUGCUCGACGGAGCCUAUCUGAGGUUUUUCGCGGAGUUUUUCACGGAUUGUAAACUCUGGAGUAGCAGGAGCUUAAGCAGCUAGCGUUGCGGUGGCUAUCGUGCUGUUUGGAAAGUGCGGCGGCGACUUGGAGCCGACAGACCCGCUGACGGCUGAGCUCCGCUGAGUUCCCUGGAACAAACUGUGGGAUUCCUUCACCGAGUCCGCUAAACUAGACUGGAGUUUAGUUUAGCGGGCGGUGUGUGAAGUGUUUGACCGCCGUGUGAGGCGGCAAGACUGUGGGAGAAACAUGGCAGUUGGUGACAUGCGCCUGGCCGCAAUGUGGCGUAUGGAAAGGACCUAAGGCACGGACUUCAGGACUACGGUUUUUUUUUAACACUUAUCCUAUUUUUUUUUUUUUUACUACAAUAAACUUUAUUAAGUUUUAAGGUUAGACUAAAGCACAUUCCCUUCCCCUUUUGUCUCUUUUAGACAUAAGUUUGGAUGUUUAAAUCCCAGACGGGACACAGAGACAGUGGACAAAGUCUCAGGAUUGUUUGCACAAAGUCGCUCCUUGGACAUUUUUACUAUUAACUCUAAUUCAGCCGCGCUGGUUAGUGACUGCUGAUUUUUAUAUUCUUGCUACUUUUUGUUUGUUUGUUUGUUUUUAUUUGCAAACGUGCUCUUCAAACAUAAAAAAUAUGUUUGACGGAAAAGUAUGAAAAAAUAAUCUGGAAAUUUGGUACAGUAGGAUAUUUUCACUCAUUUCUAAAAUAUUACUUUGGUGAUUUUAAAAAACUUUUUAUACUUAACUAACUUAUUUUUUUUUUUUAUAUGAGCAGAAACCUCUGUAGAUCCAGAUGUUUAGAUGCUCAUUGACACUCCUUCACUGUUGUUUGUGUUUCAUUGAAACAAAGAGACUUCUAUAUAUAUAAAUCGGAAGGUUUAUGAUAGUUACUAUUAAGGAGAUUAUUUGGGUUCCCUAAUCUCCAAUCUGAGGAUUAACAGAGGCCAUUGGUGUGUCCAGAUUAUUGCGUCUCCUUUCUAGGCCCCUUAGUUGAAGCCCCCGUUGUGACUGAGGUAUAUAUGUGUGUAUAUAUAUAGAUAUAUAUAUAUAUACACACACAUAUAUAUAUAUUUAUGUCAGCAACUUUUAAAUUUACAUUUAAAUAUUAAAAAGGUAAAUGUUUUAGGAGAACAGAACUUUGUCAGAGGGAGUUUAGAGAACCAGCAUGGAGGAGUCUUCAAUGCCCCCCAUCGAUCCCGAUUUUGAGCCGCAGAGCAGACCCCGCUCCUGCACAUGGCCGCUCCCGAGGCCCGACAUCUCGGCUGUCAAAGUAGAAGGGGCGGAUGGCGCCGAGUCCGCAGCCGGGACCCCGCCCGCAGCCGACGAGGACAAGCCCGAACCGCAGCAAAUCAUCUCCGAGCCUGAGAAAGCUGCUGCCGCGGCGGCGGAGGAGGGCGGGGUUGUGGCCGGCGUGGGCGGAGCCGGAGCGACGCCCCGCAAAGGAUCCUCCCGGCGCAACGCGUGGGGGAACCAGAGCUACGCGGAUCUGAUAAGCCAGGCCAUCGAGAAUUCGCCAGAGAAAAGGCUGACCCUGGCUCAGAUCUACGACUGGAUGGUGAAAACUGUGCCUUACUUCAGAGACAAAGGAGACAGCAACAGCUCUGCCGGCUGGAAGAAUUCAAUCCGCCACAACUUAUCACUCCACAACAAGUUCUUGAGGGUUCACAAUGAGUCCACAGGGAAGAGCUCCUGGUGGAUGCUCAACCCCGAGGGUGGGAAGACGGGGAAAGCCCCCCGCCGCCGAGCCGUCUCCAUGGACAACAGCAGCAAGCUGCUGAAGAGCCGCAUGCGAGCCAAGCAGACCAAGAAGCAGGCUGGAGCGGCCGGCGGUGGCGGCGUGCUGCAGGGAGACGGCGCAGGCGGUUCUGCCGGCGCUGAGAGCCCCAACUCGUCGCAGCAGUUCCCUAAGUGGGGCGUGAACAGCAGCAGCCCGUCAUCGCGUGGCAGCCUGGACGAUGCUGACAUGUGGACCACCUUCCGCCCACGCACCAGCUCCAACGCCAGCACCUUGAGCGGCCGCCUGUCGCCCAUCGCCCCAGGCCAGGAGGACGAUGACAGCCUGCCUGACGACGGCCUGCUGGGCCGCUACGCAUCCAGCAGCCUGACCCCGACGCUCACAGAGACCGUCAUGGAGGAGCUGGACCUGAUCGACAACCUCACCCUGAUGACGGCGCAGCAGGGCGCAGCCAGUCCCAGCACGGCGCCGCCGGCACCGCCCACGCCGCUGCCCUCCGCUUCCACCUUGCUUCCGCGCGGCUCCGGCUUCACCUCCUUCCACCAGGCGCACUCUGCCGCCCAGCCCGCCGUCUCCCUCAAAGAGCCGCCGGCGUCCUUCAGCAACUCCCUCUUCAACCCCAUGAGCAGCUCCAGCGCUCACGGUGGCGGCCGCUACAGCAGCCAUGUUCCCUCCAGCCUGGAGGCGCUGCUGACCUCUGACUCCCCUCCACCCAGUGACGUGCUAAUGGCCCAGGUCAGCCCGCUCAUGGCGAACUCUGGAGGUCUUGGUCAGAUGGGUUUGGGCGUGCGAGCCAAACCCGCUCAGCUGCAGCUGAACAAAGCGCUGGAGGCGAACGCCAUGACGCCGAUGGCGAUGCAGACCCAGAUGCAGCCGCCGCCGCCACAGCAGCAUUUCCGCCACAACCACCAGCAGCAUCAAAUCGGACUGGGGAUGAUCCUGUCCGGACUCUCCCAGGACCCGACUCCCCUCUCCACUCUCAAAACCCACCAGGUGCAAACCAUCAGCGCUCAUCACACCGCCACCGCUCCGGCCCCAGCAGCCAAUCAGAGCCUGAGCCUGCCGGCGGUUGGUCCGUUUGGCGCUCCGACAGGGUUCCAGCCCGGUCAGGAGCGACUGCCCACGGACCUGGACAUAGACAUGUUCACCGAGAACCUGGACUGCGACGUGGAUUACAUCAUCAACAGCGACCUCAUGGACGGAGACGGCAUGGAUUUCAACUUUGACCCCAUCCUGCCCGGAGGUCAAGGCUACACAGGGCCGACCACCACGCAGGGCUCGGCCCACAGCUGGGUGCCCAGCUAAUCCAGCAGAACCGCAUCAGGAUCUCACCUCCAGUCAACUUAACCUCACUAAAACAGCAGAACAACUGGUGCACCGCCCCCUGCUGGAUGAAAACAGCAAAUCCAACAUCUGACCUCACGUCACUUGCCAAGACGUUCGGUUACAGGAAGGCAACUAUGCACUGCUUUCUUUUUAUUUUUCUCUAAAUGAUUUUUCUUAACAACACUUGGCAACAAUUUGGCUGCUUUCUUAAGAACCGGAACUGAUGACUUUAUUAUUAUUAUUAUUGUUAUUUGUGUAAAAAAAAAAAAAAAAAGGCGAGAAAAGAAAAGAAAAAAAUAUAUUUUUUGGAGUGUAAAGACAAAUCAUCAGAGGUUGCAUUUCAUGUCAUGUUAUGCCGCAGCAGCUGUAGAGAUGGUACGUCCAGAUCAAGCUGGCGCUGGUUCUGAACACUUUAUUCUUGUUUUUUGGCCAGUUUUGCACCAGCGCUCGCUCGAUGCGUUGCUGUGCAGUCGACUGAAAGAAGUGCGGGCGAUCAAGCUGCACAGACCCGAGAGAGAAACGGAGAGUUGAGAUCAGGAAGACUAACGGACUGGACGACCUUUUGGUGGCUUUACAUCGACCCUGUAAAUUUAACUCAAUUGGAGUUGUUUUCCUUCUGUUUGGCAUUUUUUGACAAGUUUGCUAUGAUAGAAACCAGCUAGAGGGUGUUUUUGUUUUCUCUAAAUCCCUGAGGUGCAGUUGAACUAACAAAAUGAAGAAAUCGAACGUGUGUGGGCAUUUCAAAGUAUUACACGCCACCAGAAUGCCUCCGCUCUCUUAUCGUUGUUGUUUUUAGGUUUUCCUCCUUGAGUCUUUGCAUUUUCAAAGCACUUAGGUUUCCUGCCACACAGGGACCCCAAACUGUAAAAAUUAGUUUGUCGUUUCAACAAAUAAUAAUAAUAAAAAAAGAGUAUAUAAUCCUUUAAAAGAGACGAUGAAAUGAACACGUUGCACCUGUACUUGACGGCACGCUAUGCAGAUUUAUCAGGAGACAGAAAUAAAACCUUGAAGGAAAUCAAAGGUUUUUGUUGUUGAACGUUCUCCUGGUUACUUGGUGAAAUAUUCAUCCUCACUAAACGUCUCGCGUUUUGUUACAAAAACAAACUCCAAUGUGUUCUAUUGGGAUUUUAUGUGAAAGCUGGAACAUUUCUCUUUGCAAAUAUCUGAAAAUUGUGGCGUUCAAUUUCCUUUUGCUAUAGUUCUAGUUUUGUCUCUACCAACUUCUUGCAUCUGGAGACAGAGACACAUAGGAUUUGGUAUAUCUGCAAAUUUGUUUUUGUCGGCUUCUGUUUUUAAAAAUCCAGAAAUUAUCAUUUUUUGAUUGAUAGAUUUUAAAACUCUGAUUUUCCCAUUUUAGCGUGUACAUCCCAAAAAAUAUGCAAAACCCCCCCAAAACAAAACACUUUUUCAGUUUCAUUUAUAAAUUAAUUGACUUUUGAAGAAAGUUUUACAAGAUUUUUAAGGUGUAAAUUAUUAAACAAUGCAUGUCACACUUUUCAGAUUUAAUUUUUUUACCUGGUCACAUUUUUACACCACUUUAUUCUAUUUUUUCACAUAAAAUUCCAAUAAAACAUUAAGGUUUGUGGUUUUAGCGCCUCAAAACGUGGAAAAGUUUCUAAAAGGAUGUGUAUUUUUGACAAGGCGCUGCAAAACUGUUGUUUUUUUUACAGAGCAGGAGCUUGUAAGAGUCUCCUCUCACACUUUAAUUUUUAAAUACUAACAUGAAAGCAAUUAAAUCACAGUGUGAGAGGUACCAGAAAAGAAUAUAUUUGAUUAUAGUUUUAAUAUACAAUCUAGGCUGAGAUGAUAAAUCAGAUAUUAAUACGUAUAUUACUAAUAACAAGUGAUGUUUUUUUUUUUUACAUUGGAAGAAGCAUUCUCAGAUUUUUAACGGUGAUUUUUCUAUACUUUUAUUUUUGUAAAGGACAAAAUGCAUGUGGAUUUUUUAUUAUUUUUUUACAUAACCAAAGGAACACUAAUAUUUGCAUGGCAUUUAAAAAGCGCUUGGCCCUGACACGGCAUCUUCUGUGUACAUAAGCUUCGCAAAGCAGACCUGUAAUGUGAUUUUUACUUUUAUUUUUUAUUGGUAAGAUAAAGGAGGCGAAUACUUGAUUAUGUCAGCUACGAUUCCCAGCCACCUGCCUCGCGCUUUUUAUUUGUUUUACUCUGAAAAUCUGCGUCGGUUCUCAUCUCAAAACGAGUUACCUCUCAGAAGCAGGAAAACAGCUGCGUGCAGAUUUAAUCGGAUAUUUAUUUUGCACAAGACUGGAAACUCAACAUGCCAUGUCUUUGAUUUAAUUUCCUCUGAGAAAAAAAAUAGCUGAACUAAAAUUAAACUUCCUGUUUUGUUUUUUUUCUUUAAAGAGUUUUCAUGUUUAGUUGAUCAGCCAUGUGUAUCAGUGCUAGUUGUACUUCGUUUUCUUUAAUCUGCCAAUAUCCAAAACACUAGAGCACGAUGUUGCUUUGUAGCAAUACUUAAACCUAUCAUCUCCCGUCUUUUAACAUUUUGUUUUUGUUGGUUCUGUGGUCAGAAAUAACACCCACCCUGCAUCUUGAACUCAUUUUUUCACAGUAGCAUUGUUAAAAAAAACAAAACAAAAAAAAAACAUUAAAGCACUCUCCUUUUUUCCCUCCCCACAAAUGUUUUAUAUCUUGUUUUUGUUUUUGCGAAUGAUGGUGCUAGAUGACAUCAGUGCAGUCGGUGCAUAUCAGGGCCUUUGUAUUUUGGAUUAUUAUAGCUAGGAUGCAACCAGAACUUUUUGUUUUGUUUUUUUCUGAUAUGUACAAUUUAACUUGGAAGCAAAAGUCAAACUUCUUUAAUUAUGCAUGAUUUUAUUAAGUAAUAUCAGUAAUUAUUUUAGUCAUAUAUGCAACCAGGCUUGUUUUUGUUUAAUAUCUGAUAAUUCCCAGCUGAGAGGCUGCAGCAGCUUCUUUUUCUCCAGUUUACGGUCGCUGCCUCUGUGGUGUUUAUUACCUGGCUUGUAUCUCCAAAGCUGACACAACUUUCUGCUUGUUCUUAUUCUUCUGUUAUUGUUGGUAGCAGUUAGUUCCUGUAUGGUUUUAACUUUCCCCCCCAUUUGUUACAGCAUUAAAAGUUGGCAUAAGGGGACGAUGGGUUGUGCAGAAGCCAAUUAAUGUUUAUGGUUUUUAAUCAUGUGAAUAUUUUCUUCUUCUUUUCUUUACACUUUGUAAAGUCAGCCAGAGAUAAACGUAGAGAUGCAGAAAUCAAUUCAAUAAAAUGUUUAACCCA